CGCGAGCCAUGAUUUGAAAUCCAACAGAAUCAAAACAGGAGCCAGAGAUAGGGACGAUGCCUCCGGCGAUGGCGGACCGGGAUGGCGUCGGCGGUGCAACGCCUACGCCCGACGCCCUCUCCCUCUUCGCCUCCCGCCUCUCCCGUCGCAGGUUCGAGGACGAGGAUCUCCGGGUGCUGGAGGCGGCGCUGUCCGCCGGCGCCGACGUCCCCGCGCUGCUCGCCACGCGAUCGGCGGCCCGGAGCCUGCUGCGAGCAAGCGCGGCGGAGGCAUUCGCAUCCACCGCGACGGGUUCAGUGCUGCUGGAUGGUGGGAGCAGCCUCGACGUCGCCGACUUCUUCGCACGCGCCUUCGCGCUCGUAGCCGAUGUCGAGAGCUGCCUUGCCAUGAGAUACGAGGCCCUGUUGCUUCGAGACGCUAAAUACUGCAACGACCUUCACUUGCAAGUGUCCCGUCAGGAGUGGCUAACUUUCGCAAAGGACUCUCUUGAUAAUGGCUUCUACACCAUUGCCUCCAAGGCUUUUGCAAACGCUCUUGCGCACAUUCAUCCAAGUCACUCAGGGCACUUGGACGCUGCUAAUUCCAUUGAGGAGAAGGACAAGAUCAAUGAUAUAACAGGACUCCAGAACUUGGCCAAGUCAUUAUCUGCACGGCAUUCUGUUCAGACACAGUCUGCUGAAUACAUGAAAAGGAGAGCUUCAGGUGUUCACGAGAAGUAUAAUUUGCAAUCGGGAAAACCAAAGUUAACAGGAAGUUCAAUGUUUAGGCUAGGGAUUAAAACAAGGAACAUAAAGAAAUUGCUUCGCAGCCAGGAAAGGAACUUGGGAGAUCUGAAGCAAUCUUAGCAUGGCAUCUUCCAAAAGACCGAGAGGAAUGUUGUAAAAAGUCCAAUUAGGUGAGAAUUUUUGCAGUGGAGACAUGAAGUGGAGUUGAUGAGUCUUCGAUUCAACAUUAAGACGUUGAUCGUCUUGAAAGAAAAAACAUUAAGGCAUUGUUUGGAUGU